AUGAGAGAAAUCAUAAGCAUACACAUUGGUCAGGCUGGAAUUCAGGUCGGCAAUUCCUGCUGGGAGCUUUAUUGUCUCGAACAUGGCAUUCAGCCCGACGGAAUGAUGCCUAGUGACACAUCUGUGGGUAUUGCAAAUGAUUCAUUCAAUACCUUCUUCAGCGAAACCAGUGCUGGCAAGCAUGUACCUAGGGCUAUUUUUCUUGAUCUUGAACCCACUGUUGUUGAUGAAGUUAGGACUGGGUCGUACAGACAACUCUUCCAUCCCGAGCAACUCAUUUCUGGUAAAGAGGAUGCUGCCAAUAACUUUGCAAGAGGACAUUAUACAGUUGGUAAGGAUAUCGUUGACCUAUGCCUUGAUCGAGUUAGGAAGCUGGCAGAUAACUGCACCGGCUUGCAAGGAUUUUUGGUAUUCAAUGCUGUUGGUGGUGGUACUGGUUCUGGUCUCGGAUCCCUGCUUCUUGAGCGUUUGUCUGUUGAAUAUGGCAAAAAGUCAAAACUCGGCUUUACUAUUUACCCAUCCCCUCAGGUUUCUACGGCAGUGGUGGAGCCCUAUAACAGCGUUUUGUCCACUCACUCCCUUCUAGAACAUACAGAUGUCGUGGUGCUAUUGGACAAUGAAGCUAUAUAUGAUAUUUGCAGGAGAUCCUUGGAUAUCGAGAGGCCAACUUACACGAAUUUGAACCGUUUAAUCUCACAAAUAAUUUCAUCAUUGACCACUUCCUUGAGAUUUGAUGGGGCCAUUAAUGUGGAUAUUACUGAGUUUCAGACAAACCUUGUGCCCUAUCCCCGUAUCCAUUUUAUGCUGUCAUCUUAUGCACCAGUAAUCUCAGCAGCUAAAGCUUUCCAUGAGCAAUUAUCUGUUCCUGAGAUCACAAAUGCUGUAUUUGAACCUUCGAGUAUGAUGGCCAAGUGCGAUCCACGACAUGGCAAGUAUAUGGCGUGCUGUUUGAUGUAUCGUGGUGACGUUGUUCCAAAAGACGUUAAUGCUGCUGUUGCUACUAUUAAAACUAAAAGGACCAUUCAGUUUGUUGACUGGUGCCCGACUGGUUUCAAAUGUGGCAUCAAUUACCAGCCUCCAACAGUGGUGCCUGGUGGUGAUCUGGCACGUGUACAACGUGCAGUGUGCAUGAUAAGCAACAACACAGCAGUGGUGGAAGUAUUCUCUAGAAUUAAUCACAAAUUCGAUCUCAUGUAUGCUAAGAGAGCAUUUGUGCACUGGUAUGUUGGUGAAGGUAUGGAGGAAGGUGAGUUCUCUGAAGCUCGUGAGGAUUUGGCUGCCCUUGAAAAGGAUUAUGAGGAAGUUGGUGCCGAAGGUGUCGAUGAUGAAGAUGAAGGGGAAGAGUACUAAAUCAUUCAGAUGGUAUUAUGUCUAAUGUUUUUUUCUUUUUAAUUUUUGCCACACCACACAAUUCUUUCCAACUCCACAUGCUUUGUCUGUCAAUCUUCAGAUUUUGAGGGUUUUCGAUUUCAGGAAAAUUGGGUUUUUUUUCUAUUUGUUUCUACUUAUUAAUUUUUGAAUGAACUCUCUUUGCUUGUAGUAAAUUCACGUGUGCUAUUGAUGAUGUCUUUAGUAAUCCAUUUACACUGUGAAUGUGAA